AUGGGAAAUUCAUGGUCCGGUAGUUCUGGCCAAGUUCGAGCCUUUCCAUCCAAGGCAGACUUCACUGAAAGAAGGUCGAGCUCUGCUUUGUUGGACAAAGGUUUCGCAGCUUUGGAACGUGACUUUGAACUCUCACAGAGGGCAGUGGGGGCUGGAGGUUUCUCCCCACGUGGCUCUGAUGAAGAGGGGAUUGACGAAGUCGAGUCGCCCCAACUUUCUCCCCAGCAUGCCACAGAAGGCUCCAUGGAUUUGAGUCUCAUUUGGAUGGAUGGCUCUUGCUUUCAACUGAAAGCAUCAACCACGGCCACCUGUCAAGAUGUGAUCUCUAUGCUCCAUCGGCGUGGUGCGAUCUCCCGAGGAUGCCCUCGGUUGCUAUUCGGGAAAUCCUUGUUGGAAGGAAGCACUUGUUUAAAGGAUGUGGGUGUGUCCUCUGGAAGUGAGCUUCAAUUGGUGCUCUCACGGCCUACUUUGCAACUGAAUGCCAGUGACAACAACUUGGGCCUCGAUGGCGUGGAGGCUUUGAUUGAAGGAUUGCCAGGUCCGCUGCUGAAGGCCUCCUUGAUGCGAGCAGGGCUUUUUGGAAGAGAAGGGGGGCAAGCAGUGGCUCGCCUGUUGAGAGCGUCACCUGGUUUGGAAUUCCUAGACCUCAGUGGGAAUAAUGGCUUCGGAGCCUUAUCUCUAUGUGCCACGGGUAUAGAUUUGAAGGCUUUGGCGUCUGAGAUUCGGACUUUCUAUUCUUUGCGCUAUUUGGUUCUGGCAGAUUGUAAUCUAGAAGGUGCACUUGGAGGACAAGAGCUUGCAUGUUUGCUUUCUAAAGCUCCGAACUUGAAGAGCCUUGAUCUUCACAGCAACAAUAACUUGGGCUCCUCAGGUUUGCUAGCGCUUUCACGAGCUUUGCGACAGCCAACCCAGAUCAUUGAACUCACAGUCGAGGAUACCGGCCUAGAAGAGGUGAAGGGUGGUCAGGCAGUAGCUGCCUUGCUCCAUCAAAUGCCACUCCUCAAGGGCUUAAACCUUUCCAACAAUUUUUUGCUCUCUAUCGGUCUUCAGGCUUUGGCUGAAAGCAUGCCGUCUUUGUCCAUCUCAAGACUUGCAGCUCGCAAUCUGGGUUUGCCAAUUAGCCUUUCUCCGGAGGAAUGCGAUAUUUUCCAAUGCUUUUUAUCAAAGUGCCCUCAGCUCGAGUUUGUUGACACCGAGGGGCAUAACUUUGAUGGCCCAGAGCUUGGGUGCAUGAAUCUGCUCAGGCCUGAUGUCUCAGAACCAGAGCCUAUGGACCUUAUCCAACAAAUAGAAGGAGAGGGUCCACUGUCUGCCCUCUUGAAAGGACACACUCUGGAGCUCAGCAAACUUCGGUCUUUCUGCCCAAAUCACAGUUUGCAAGGAGCUGAAGUGGUAAAGGUGCUAAACAUGAUGCGAAGCCUCGAGCACUUGAGCGUCAAUGGUUCUGGCCUUGCUUUGGAGGUUUUGCUUGAAAGCUUGAGACAAUCCAGCUUGAAUGCCUUGAGGUUUGUUGACUUAGGCGACUGUGGCCUGACAUCUGCUGCCGGUCGUCAGGUGUCGGAGCUGCUACAGGGCCUGCCGCAGCUUCGUGGCCUGUCUUUGGCCAAGAACGGCCGACUUGAAAAUGGGGGCGUGCAGAGCUUCGGAGCGACCCUCGGCGCACACUCUUUGAGCGAAAUAGACCUGAGCUGUUGCUCGAUUGCUGGGGAGGAAGGUGCAGAGGCCAUCUUCAACAUCUUUCAACAGCUUCCGGAUUUGCAGUCAUGCUCACUUUCAAGUAAUCCUGGUUUGGGCUCGGAGAUCGCCAAGCUCCUUGAGCACAUCCUGUGUCGGACGAGGAUCUCGUCGGUGAGUUUUGCAAGUUGUGGAGUUUCCAGCGGGGGUUUGGCUUUGAAGCUUGAGGGUCAGAGAUGCCUUCACUUGACUUCACUGAACAUGAGCGGAAAUACAGAGAUAGGCCCAGUAGGCUUGCAAAGUUUCACUUCCCAGUUGCCCAAUUUGAAUUUGAGUCAAGUGGACUUGGCUGAUUGUGGCCUAGAGUCGGGGGCAGGUGGGAAUGCAAUCGCCUCCCUUUUGACCAGAUGCCAUUGCAUCUACCGCGAGCCAUGA